CCUCCUUGGAGACGGACGGACUGUUUUCAAACCCACAGCAAUACAACUGGAAAACAGACGUCAGGCUAAUACAGCUACUGUUCAUGUCCCAAUCAUUUCAGGAAAAUUACUCCGUAUAUUCACGUUGUUCAUAUUCAUGGAUGAACACGAAUGAACAAGCGGAAAACAAAACGCAUUGGAAAAGGUAAGCAGAAAGAGCAUGAUGAGCGUGCUGGGCCGUAGCUGUCGUAGCUAGUCACACGGUGGGUGGGAGGGGAGGGAGUCCAUCCGCACCACCAGCAACACUGCGCCAUGGCGAAACCCGGGGCCGACAGAGAUGGAUCCAUGGUGGACAAACCGACUGGGAAGAAGAGCAAAGAUAAGAUUUCCCUCUUCACCAAGACUCCGAAGCUUGACCGCAGUGAGUUUCUGGGGGGGAAGGAAGGGAAACCACCCAAGUCUAUCAUGAAACGCAAAUUGUCCUUCACCGUGAGCCCCCCUCGCAACAAGGAGAGAGAAUCAGACACAGAUGAGUCAGACCCAGGCCAGUCCACUGAGUCCUGGGGAGAGUCUGAAGGGAGGUUAGUGACUCCCUGCAGGAUGUGUUUAGCAGAUAAAGAUGGCCCGGAUAAGAAGAAAGUCAAGAAGGAGUCUGGGGGGAGUAAGAAGGCCCCGGUUAAUCUCCUGUUUGGCUACCCGCUGUCGGAACGAAAGCAGAUGGCCCUCCUGAUGCAGAUGACCGCCAGGGACAACAGCCCAGACUCGACACCUAGCCACCCGUCCCAGGCCCCCCCGGUGCAGAAGAAGCUCCCCAGUAGCACGGCCUCCAGAGCGAGGGACAAGGUGAACAAGAGGAACGAGCGUGGCGAGACGCCGUUACACAUGGCCGCCAUACGAGGGGAUGCCAAGCAUGUCAAGGAGAUCAUCAGCCUGGGAGCUGAUGUCAACGUCAAAGACUUCGCAGGCUGGACCCCUCUUCACGAGGCAUGUAACCUUGGUUACUACGACGUGGCCAAGGUUCUGAUCUCGGCCGGCGCAGAAGUCAACACCCAGGGUCUGGACGACGACACGCCGCUCCACGAUGCCUCCAGUAGUGGACAUACAGACAUUGUGAAGCUGCUGCUGAGACAUGGAGGCAAUGCGUUCCAGGCCAACAAGAGAGGGGAGCGGCCCGUGGACAUCGCUGAUUCCCACGAGCUGGAGCUCCUCCUAAAGGGAGAGGUGCCCCUCUCAGACCCAGAGGACAGCUCCUCAGAGUCUGAAGACCCUCCUUCGGUUAACCCCUCAAGUGUGGACGUGGAUGAUGACAACAUGGAUGACUCGGACAUGGAGAAAGUCUCUGAAGGCAAACGGAGCACCGUGAAGGCCUCACCCCCCAUGUCUGGCCUGGACGAGUAUGAGUUCAAAGACGAGGAGGAAGAAGAAGACCUGAGUAAAGCCCUGAACGACAGACACAUCCUCCGGAGAGAGCUGAGGCAGGAAGAGAAGGAUCAUUUGGCCGUGAAGCAGAGCGGUAAAGGGGACGGGAACGUCUCAGUCCAGUCCUCUAAGUCUAAGAAGACGAAGACGUUGUCCCGCAUCCUGUAUUGCACCUCGGAUAGUUCCAGUGAUGAGAUGGAGAUGCCGUCAGAGAGAAGGAGCUCUCCAACCUGUUCCCACGGCUCGGAGGGACACAAGGCGUCAGACGCCAGCAGGACUAAGAAAGAGAACCUCUCCGAAAAGAAAGACAAAGGCAGCAAAGUAAAGAAGAAGAACAAGAGCAAGAGUAAGAACAAGGAGAACCAGGAGGAUAGGAAGGAAAACAGCAAAGCUCUGGUGUUCUCCGUAGCCACUGUGUCUGUGUCGGAGACACACGCGGACAAGAACAACCGGGGACUCUGUGGGGACGAAGACUCGUUCAAGAUGUCCUUCAGUCCCAAGGAUGACUCGUCCGUCCACCUCUUCCAUCUGUCUGCCACCGUCAAGUCCCCCAAGCUCAACCACGGCCUCGCCGACAAGCAGCCGUCCUCCAACCCGCUCAAACAGGAGAACGCCAAGAUGACGUGCGUCUCGAUUGCCGAAGGCCCCUGUCCGCCGGAUGGUGUCAAGUACAACCACUACAACCCAGAGUCUGAGUUCUGCACGGAGAGCUCCAGUAGUAAAGGCUGCAAGCACAAGGAGAAGAGCAAGCACCACCAGAAUGACGUCAUCAUGGAUGCUGGUGGUGGUGCAGGGGUGGAAGAUGGAGGCUCCAGUCCGUAUAAUAAAGAUGGCGGCGUUGCCAACAGCGUGGACAUCUCUGAAGGUGGUACCUUACGGAAGACGGAUAAGGACGGCAAGGUGGUCAAGAAGCACAAGUUAAAACACAAGGAGAAGGACAAGCCCAGGAGGGAGUAUGAGCCAGAAAGGAACCGCCACCGGCAGAAGGAGGGCGGCAGAAAGGACGGCCACAGGAACCUGGAAUUCGACCGGGAGUUCUGGAAAGAGAACUUCUUCAACGAUGACGACCCUUUGCCUCCAGGGAAAAUGGAGAGGGAGGACUGCGGAUCUCCUCAGAAUACCUCAACGUCGGGCAGCUCUCCUGUGAAGGAAGAGAGAAAAGAGACUAAAGAAAAACACCCCUCUAGCAUCAGCAGCAAGGAGAAAAGGUUGAGAAGAGAAGAGGAACGCUUGAAGAAGGAGAGGAAAGAGACCUCGGCUGUCUGUAAAGAGGAGAGGGGGGGAAAGGAUGGGAAGCUCAGUGAGCGUGAGGAAAGGACUGAGUGCCUAAGCUCUGUACGGGUUUCGGUUCCUGAGGAGACGCAGCGUAACUCCACCAGUGUGAAUGACGAACCGGAGGAGAAACCGGUAACGGGGACCACGUCUACAGCUGAUUCAGACCAGCUGGAUGCCUCUGAGAAAUGCCGGCGGGACAAAUACGACAGGAGGCCUUCUGUAAAGGAACGUGAGGUUGACAAGACGGAUAAAAAGCAUCCCGACAGAGAAAAGAAAGUCAAGAUUGAGCACCCUGAGAAAUCAGAGAAUUCACAGAAUUCCAUGGAUCGCUGGAAAGAGAGGGAGAAGGAAAGGAUGGCAUCCCCUGGUGACAAGAACCACAAAGAGAUCGAGAAGCUCAGAGCCUUGUCCUCGACUAAAAAAUACGAGGAGAGCAAGGACAAGAAGAGCAAAGACAAGCCAGAUAAGAGGAGUGACAGGGAGAGGCUGGAGAGGGAGUACAACGCGGGAGAACACAAAGACAGGACGAGCUUUGAUAAGAAAGGAAAACCACCUUUAGAGAAAUUUAUGGACCACAGUAAAUCCGAUCGCUCUAAGGAAAAGGAGAAAGACAAAGACUGCGAUAAGAAGAAAAGGGAAAAAUCUAAAGACAGCGCUUCCUCAUCUUCCUCCUCCUCUUCUAACCUGAAGCUCCUCUUGGAGGAGAAGGGCUAUGUGUCUGAAAGUUGCAAGACAUUACCAGCAAAACUACUAAAGACAGAGGACCUCCCAAAGACGCCAGAGAAAGACCGAGACAGGAGAGACCGAGAAUCCAGAGACUCGGACAAGCACCGAGAUCGGGACAAAGACCGUUCCAAGGACCGUUCCAAGGAGGGUGGCAAGGCCAGUAAGACCAAACCCAACGAGACUGAGACUGACCGAGACAACCGGUCCAAAGCUAAAGCCUCGCCUGCCACCCGGGAAGAGCAGAAGCCCAAAGAGAAACGUCUGGUCAACGAAGACCUGAGGCAGACCAGCUUCGAACGCAUGCUGAGUCUGAAGGACCAGGAGAUUGAACAGUGGCACCGGAAACACCUAGAAAAGAUCAAACAGAAGGAGCGGGAGAGGAUGAAACAACGGCCUUCCUCUACGACAACGGACACAGGGAAGCUCAAAAGCAAAGCCAAAGCCAAGACUACGUCCUCGUCUUCUGGAGAACUGUGCUUGAGCAAAGAAUUGCUUCGCUCCAAGAGCUCUGAAGGCUCCACCGACGUUCACUGUCGCGACAGAGACAAACCCCUUAAGGACAGCACCAGCUCCAGGACCAUGUCUCUGGACGGGAAGACACUUUCCUGUCUCAGUGGGAAGCUGAUGGCUGGUAUGGAGAACAGCUUGAGCAGGUCACCCAGGCCAGAAAGCGAGCGGUCGGGUCUUAUGUCCAGGUCUGUGUCUAUGAUCUCUGUGGCCAGCUCUGAAGACUCCUGUCAGGCUACAUUGCUGACACCGAGACCUAUUGAGUACGACUCGGAUAUGACCCUGGAAACCUCCCAGGACUUUCAGCUGCCUUUCCUCCUGUCUUCCUUCCUUCCAUAUCCUGCCGUUCACGACAAAGACGACAACAGUCUUCCAGAAGAGCCGGGGCAAGGCAACCAGACUCCGCUGCAGAGCAGACACGCUUCCCCUUGCCUUAGGGCUAUUCUGGACGAAGACGCUAACUGUGCGACGGCGUCUGAGUGCAAACCUAUCGAAACUCUGUCCAAGGUCGCCGUGGUGCCUGCUGCUCAACCCAGUGAAGAGUCCACAAGUGUUCAGCCUUUAGAAACCUGUGCAGAUCCAGAGGAGAGCCAGAGUCAAAGUGAUCCAAUUCAGAUGCUUCCGAAUCUUCCUAAUGCAAUAACAGAUGCAGAUCUCAACACUGAGAGUGAAGGGAACACCGCUUCAGGUGUCUAUCUUCCACCUCAAGCGUCCAACACCAGAGAUCCUCACGUAAAGGACUCCUCAACACUUCAGCAGGCUAGUGUCCAACAGCUAGCUACGCCAGAACAGAGAGGGUUUUCUUCCACCUCUGAUCCUCUCCUAAUACGGGACGUCCAGUGUAUCCCUGUGGAGACCUCCAGUGCGGCACCUGAAUGUAGCAUGAAAGACCUGCCCUCUGAGGACAUGACGCCACUGGUGACAUUAUCUUCUCUAUCCUGUCAACUGCCGUUCUCCAGCACCGAAACCACCUUAUCUCUCUCUGCUAGCCAGUCACGGGAAACCCUUCCAAACACCAGUACGGUGACCUCACAGCAGACGAAGACAGAGAUUGAUGGAGAUCUGGUUCUUGAUUCUAAAGAUAAAACUCCAGUUGAGAGUGGAGCUAGCAGCGCUGAAAACAGAGCAGCUGUAGAGAGCCUUCAGAGUGCGUUAGGAGCGUCUAGACCCGGAUGGAUGGACAACCCAGUAGCCUCCACCAGCAAACACCCACCACCCAGCGCUAGCUCAGAGGACUCCACGAUGACCACCAGCAAACCCAAGGACUCUCAAGAGGAGAUGGACACUGACGGGAACAGUAAAGACUGUAAGAAAUCCAGAUUCUCCAGUGACAUUGUGGGUCCUAGCGAUCCUCAGCCGGACAAAAACUAUCCUAAUGGCCAGCUUACAUCAUCCACUGUGUCGCGCUGCUCGAGCCCUGAACACAAGGAAGAAGAAGAACCUUCUGACGCUCCUGAGAAGUGGAGAGGUCCUGAGGCCAUAUCAACAGAAAAGGCUAGCUGUUGGUCUUCAUCAGAGGGCAGUAGUAUGGUCACCGUCCCCGAGGUGAAGUCAGAGCCAUGCCAAGAGCCUACCUCCGAGGAGAGACCAGAAGGACAGACUCCCUCGAUUGUUGGAUCAGACCAGACCCACAGUGUUUCUGGACAGAGUUGUAACUUCCAGCAGGGCUCCCGGACAGACCAGAGUGGUAGUAGUGGUAGUUACAGCUGCAGUGGGUUUUCUGCUAGCUCUUCCCCCCAGUCUGGGGACAGAGACUCUGACUCCUCCGGGGCUAAGGCCAAGGUCCUCUCCCUAACCAUGGAAGAGGACCAGGACUUCCAGCAGACCCACCCCAGGAAGAGGAAGAUGCCCAGGUUGUCUACCUCCAACCAGGCUGGAGGCAGCAUGCAGCAGGAGUCUCUGGCGGCCAUCGUUGACUCUCUGAAGCUGGAGGAGAUUCAGCCGUACCAGACGGAGAGGGCCAACCCUUACUACGAGUUCCUGCACAUCCGCAAGAAGAUCGAGGAGAAGCGUAAAGUGUUGCUGAGCGUCAUCCCCCAGCCGCCACAGUAUUACGACGAAUACGUGACGUUUACUGGAUCCUACCUGCUAGACGGGAACCCGCUCAGCAAACUCUGUAUUCCAACUAUAACUCCUCCUCCGUCUCUACCGGACCAACUGAAGGAGAUGUUUAAACAACAGGAAGUUGUUCGUAUGAAGCUACGCUUGCAACACAGCAUUGAACGGGAAAAGUUGAUUGUUUCCAACGAGCAGGAAGUGUUACGAGUCCACUACCGGGCCGCCAGAACGCUAGCCAAUCAGACGCUCCCGUUCAGUGCAUGCACCGUGCUAUUGGACGCCGAAGUGUAUAACAUGCCUCAGGAUGCCCAGGCAAGUGGCAUGAUGUCACGCACUGUAGAAUCAGGUGACCAAGAUGGCAAGACGUCGGUGCGGGAUCGUUUCAACGCCCGCCAGUUCAUGUCCUGGUUACAAGAUGUGGACGACAAGUUUGAUAAACUCAAGACGUGUCUUCUGAUGAGGCAGCAGCACGAGGCAGCAGCUCUUAAUGCUGUCCAGCGUCUCCAUUGGCAGCUGAAACUCCAGGAGCUGGAUCCAGUCGUGUACAAGUCCACCUCCAUCUUCGAGAUAUCCGAGUUCUACAUCCCCCUGGUAGAGGUCAACGACGACUUUGACCUCACGCCCAUAUGACCCGUGACCUUUAGGCUCGGACCGGCAGUCAGGGGACCGAUGAUUAGGAAGGAUAAUCUAGUCGCCCAUCUACCGGUGAUGAAGAGAUGGAGGGAUGAAGGGAUGGAAAACGUGAGGCACUUGGAACAUGGAUGUGUGUAGAGAGCACCACUAUUGUGUUUGUUUGUUUGUGUGUGAGCAGCACUUCUCGACAUGUGGCUAUUUUACCACUGAGAUCCUAUGGUAGACACCACAGACCUCCCUCCCUCCUACACCAAGAGGCCUUGGCCUUAUCCUCCCUAGUGGCACACUGACUGCUUAUUCUGUUCCAUUCACUUACCCCAGGGGCCAGGGCCCGUGGCUGGGUAAAGGUUGGGGCAGCGCCAGGUGCUGCUGUCUGCUGAGAGGAGAGCGCACCAGAGAGAGACCAAGCAUGGAUACUAUCUCUAUAUAGGGCACUAUGUGAAGUGUAUAGAAAGUAGGGUGCCAUUUCUGAUGUUUCCUAUGGAGUCGACCAUCUCUCUACACCUCCUGAUGCUCCCUAUGGAGUCGACCAUCUCUCUACACCUCCUGAUGUUCCCUAUGGAGUCGACCAUCUCUCUGCCCCUCCUGAUGUUCCCUAUGGAGUCGACCAUCUCUCUGCACCUCCUGAUGUUCCCUAUGGAGUCGACCAUCUCUCUACACCUCCUAUGUUCCCUAUGGAGUCGACCAUCUCUUUACACCUCCUGAUGUUCCCCAUGGAGUCGACCAUCUCUCUACACCUCCUGAUGUUCCCUAUGGAGUCGACCAUCUCUCUACACCUCCUGAUGCUCCCUAUGGAGUCGACCAUCUCUCUGCCCUCUACACCUCCUGAUGUUCCCUAUGGAGUCGACCAUCUCUCUACACCUCCUGAUGUUCCCUAUGGAGUCGACCAUCUCUCUACACCUCCUGAUGUUCCCUAUGGAGUCGACCAUCUCUCUACACCUCCUGAUGUUCCCCAUGGAGUCGACCAUCUCUCUACACCUCCUGAUGUUCCCUAUGGAGUCGACCAUCUCUCUACACCUCCUGAUGUUCCCUAUGGAGUCGACCAUCUCUCUACACCUCCUGAUGCUCCCUAUGGAGUCGACCAUCUCUCUGCCCUCUACACCUCCUGAUGCUCCCUAUGGAGUCGACCAUCUCUCUGCCCCUCCUGAUGUUCCCUAUGUAGUCGACCAUCUCUCUGCCCCUCCUGAUGUUUCCUAUGGAGUCGACCAUCUCUCUACACCUCCUGAUGUUCCCUAUGGAGUCGACCAUCUCUCUGCACCUCCUGAUGUUCCCUAUGGAGUCGACCAUCUCUCUACACCUCCUGAUGUUCCCUAUGGAGUCGACCAUCUCUCUGCCCCUCCUGAUGUUCCCUAUGGAGUCGACCAUCUCUCUGCCCCUCCUGAUGUUCCCUAUGGAGUCGACCAUCUCUCUGCCCCUCCUGAUGUUCCCUAUGGAGUCGACCAUCUCUCUGCCCCUCCUGAUGUUCCCUAUGGAGUCGACCAUCUCUCUGCCCCUCCUGAUGUUCCCUAUGGAGUCGACCAUCUCUCUACACCUCCUGAUGUUCCCUAUGGAGUCGACCAUCUCUCUGCCCCUCCUGAUGUUCCCUAUGGAGUCGACCAUCUCUCUGCCCCUCCUGAUGUUCCCUAUGGAGUCGACCAUCUCUCUGCCCCUCCUGAUGUUCCCUAUGGAGUCGACCAUCUCUCUGCCCCUCCUGAUGUUCCCUAUGGAGUCGACCAUCUCUCUGCCCCUCCUGAUGUUCCCUAUGGAGUCGACCAUCUCUCUACACCUCCUGAUGUUCCCUAUGGAGUCGACCAUCUCUCUGCCCCUCCUGAUGUUCCCUAUGGAGUCGACCAUCUCUCUGCCCCAUGCACCUCCCUCGUCGAGCAGGGUUACAAAACAACAGGAGAAGGAGAAGAAGAAAAAAACAUUUAAAUUCAGAUUUUGUUUCUAAGUGUUUAUUACAUCGUACACAGACUUUGCUUUUUUAACUUAUUUUCUACAGACAGAUUGUGCAUUUGUAAAUAACCCAUGUAAUGAUGGUUUGAAACUUGUACAGAAAAAAUAACUAAUAAAUAUUUUGAUUGUAAAACUCUUUUUUUUCUUUUUAGAAGUCUUCAGUCUGUUUUAAUGGACCAAAGUUUAUUUUUUAAUUUUUAUUGAGUCCGUGUGCUCUUUCUCUCUGUCAAGGUCCUUGUUGUUGUUACUGUUGUUGAAAUCAAUGUUGUUGGCGUAACUCUUUGAGAAUGUCGGGGUCAGAUUCUGUUGUUCCUUUUGGUUCUGGUUUUUUUUUUUUUGGAUCCACGCACCACAUCAACGUCUCAUUUCUUUGACUGGUGAUUCGGAUGCUGUUGACGUUUGUAGCUCUUAUUUCCUGAUCCCAGAAGAAGCUCUACCGUGGACUGUUGUGAUGGAGGUUUAACUGAAGUCACUCGGCUCUUUCCCUUUUGUUUUGUUCUGUCCUUUCACAAAGUUUGUGUCUGAAAUGGGACCCUAUUCCCUAUAUAUUGCGCUACUUUUGACCCCAAACGGGACCUUAUUCCCUAUAUAGUGCACUACUUUAGACCAGGGCCCUAUGCAGGCUCUUGUCAAAAAGUAUUGCAGACCUGCCAACCUGCGUGCAGUUUGCGUAACAUAGUCAAAGUACUCUGCUAUGAAAAACAACCUUAAAAUACAUAUGAACAGGCUUCUAGUUUGUAGAAUGAGUGUUUGUUUUUUUUAGGUAGUUUGCUCCUUCGCUAAGGGGUCACUACGGCGACGGUCGUUGGCUCCUUCGCUGAGGGGUCACUACGGCGACGGUCGUUGGCUCCUUCGCUGAGGGGUCACUACGGCGACGGUCGUUGGCUCCUUCGCUGAGGGUUCACUACGGAGACGGUCGUUGGCUCCUUGGCUGAGGGGUCACUACGGCGACGGUCGUUGGCUCCUUCGCUGAGGGGUCACUACGGAGACGGUCGUUGGCUCCUUCGCUGAGGGGUCACUACGGAGACGGUCGUUGGCUCCUUCGCUGAGGGGUCACUACGGCGACGGUCGUUGGCUCCUUCGCUGAGGGGUCACUACGGCGACGGUCGUUGGCUCCUUCGCUGAGGGGUCACUACGGCGACGGUCGUUGGCUCCUUCGCUGAGGGGUCACUACGGCGACGGUCGUUGGCUCCUUCGCUGAGGGGUCACUACGGCGACGGUCGUUGGCUCCUUCGCUGAGGGGUCACUACGGCGACGGUCGUUGGCUCCUUCGCUGAGGGGUCACUACGGCGACGGUCGUUGGCUCCUUCGCUGAGGGGUCACUACGGCGACGGUCGUUGGCUCCUUCGCUAAGGGGUCAUUACGGCGAAUGUAGUUAGCUACAGCGUUUAGUCAACUAAGCGAGAACACGUUCUUGGCUGCACAUUUUGAUUUCCGUCGUGGUAGUAGGUCGGGAGCAUUAACGAGAAAAAAGAAACGAGUUGCUGAAGUUCAGCGUCGCCGUGGAAACAGACUGUUAAACAUUAGCAGGCUUUAUAUUAACCGCCGUGUGGAUGGAAACAGACAAUGGCAGAGAGCUGCUGUUUCCCGCUGAUACCUUCCUAUGAAGGAAGGUAUGUCAGACUGUUAAACAUUAGCAGGCUUUAUAUUAACGACUACAUUGCAUCCAGUAAUUUCAUUAUUCUGAAUUUUCUCCACAAACAACAAAAUGAAGAAGCCAGUUUAUAUUUGACUGACUAUGGACAUAAAGACAGUUAUUUGUUAGAAUAGUGAUUACUGGGGUGGCACAGUGUAAAUGCUCUAAGGCUGUGCCACCAGAGAUUCUGGGUUCAAAUCCAGACUGUCGCUGCCGGCUGUGACCAGGAGACCCAUGGGGCGGCGCACAAUUGGCCCAGCGUCCUUAGGGGAGGGGUUUGGCCGGGCAGGGAUGAUCCUUGUCCCAUCGCGCUCUAGAGACUCCUCUGUCAGACCGGGCGCAGUGCACGUUGACACGGUCGCCAGGUUUACGGUGUUUCCUCCGGUUUGGCUUCCGGGUUAAGUGGGCAUUAUGUCAAGAAGCGGUGUGGCUUGGUUGGUUUGUGUUUCGGAGGAUGCGCGGCUCUCGACCUUCGCCUCUCCCGAGUCCGUACGGGAGUUGCAGGGACAAGACUAUAACUACCAAUUGGAUACCAUGAAAUUGGGGAAAAGAAGAAAAUUUGAUUUACAAAUAAAAGAAUAGUCAUUACCCCCUAAAUUGAACCAGAAAAAUGUGUUACUGAGACCACCACAAUUUAAUUUAAGAGCAAACACAACACUUCUUGUUUGAUUAUAAUUUAAGACUAGGUUUCAGGAGAUGAAUUACAGGUUUUUCAAAAAUGCUCCAAUUUCCCCCCACCACCACCACCACCCCAACCUUAGUCCUACAUCAGUCCCACCUUGUCAGAAAGCCCUGAUUUGUACAUUUUUAAGUGGCUUUCUAGUUAGCUAGUGAAAAAAACAGCUAAUUACCAAGUACCCAUAGCUGGCUAUAGCCUACAGUUCCUCUUGAGGCAUUCAACAUCAUUAUUAGGCUCAAAUCGGAUUUGUUAGGCCUAUGAUUUGAGCAGUCUGGGUGCCGUUGGGGUCUAGAGUGUCGCCACAGCGCUGAAGUGGUACUCUUUUUUUUUUUUUAAAUAUUAAAAUAUUCAGAUAUAUUAGUGAACUAUGCGGGCCCUGGUCUAAACUAUAUAGGGACUAGGGUACUGUUUUGGACACAUCACUGUACAGUUCCUCAACCUCCUGUGUGUUGUUCUUUUUAGGUGGUAUCUCGCACACAUUAAAAGAAUAACCAUUUUGUUGUGGCAAAAUUCUUCUAUAGAAAUAGGAGAUGGAAAAAAAAAAAAGCGAAACUUUUACAGUUUCGAUGUGAGAUCACAACAAAAAAACUAUUUUUUCAACAUAUUGCCUUUUGAACGAUCGUUCUAAAAAAACGUCUAUUUUAAUAUUUUACUUGUUACAUGACCUGUACAUAUUUGUAAUAUAAUUGAAUAAAUUUUAUUGGUUGUGAAU